UCCACUCUUGCACGUGGCAGCUAAAGGGAGGAAUGUCAGCGGGUUCCGAGAGUGGGGAUUUCAUGCAAGUCCUUGCAGCUAGCCCCAGCUGAGGAUCUGCCUCAUAAACGGGGCUUUUACAGAGUUGCUCAUCUUGAAAGUAUCCUCCGACCAUCAUCUGAUCAGUUCCCGAUCCUCAGGACACGGACCGAGACACCGGAGCCCACGUUUUGCCCAGGGAGCUCAGCUGAGCGUGUUUGGGAGGUUCUGGCUCUUGGGCUGUGCUGGUAGCACAGCACACACCCAGGCCUAACGCAAAAUGUGUUUAAGAGCACUCUGAAGAAGCCAGACAGGGAUGCACAGAGAGGGAAGAGCCUUUUUCUUUCACCUUGUGCAGAAACGUGCAUAAAAUCGCGCUGUAAUCAGAUAAAUCAUUGCUGUCUGCUGACAGUGGAUCCCAACCAGGUUCAGCGCUAGCGAGCUAUAAUGUGGAUAUUUUGUUAACAUUGCCUAGAUACUCACCUUCCUCUGGGCACAUAAGCGCCUCGAUUCAAAGUAUUUGGGUGUGCCUUUUGCUAUGCAAUGGUAACGUGUUCUCUACAUCAGUUUCUUGCAAGUUUCUCAGUUGUUAGUGCUCUAAAGCUACAGCAGCGGCUUGAAAACAAGUGUGCAGGUUUGUGGAAAGUCCUCUGUCCUUCGGGAAGCUGGCUCCACUUGUGAGUUUUCGUGGUUGCAAUUAAACGCAAGAUGUUAUUUAAAAUCGAGGAUAUGAAAUGAGGAGUAUUUAAGUGCAGCUUUCAACACAGAUAUGUUAUUCCCCCUUCCCCCACCCCCUGAAGAUAAAGCCUUACUUUAAGCAUUCAUCGUUUGGAUGUGUCUGAUGACGAUGGAGCUGGAUGAUGAGAGGUCACGGAGUUGAUGCGGAGCUGCUGGGAGUCGGGAUCUGCCCGGACCACAAUGCCCUGCCCUGCCCCUGGCCUUGGGAAGCUGUGAGCUGCUCAUGUCCAUAAGGAGGAAGGAUGGCUCAUGGAAUUCCUUCACAAGGCAAAGUUACCAUAACGGUGGAUGAGUACAGCUCCAACCCAACGCAGGCGUUCACACACUACAACAUCAACCAGAGCCGCUUCCAGCCUCCCCACGUGCAUAUGGUCGACCCUAUCCCAUAUGACACUCCAAAACCAGCGGGCCACACGCGCUUUGUCUGCGUCUCAGACACGCACUCCAGAACAGAUGGCAUCCAGAUGCCCUAUGGGGACAUCCUGCUCCACACGGGCGAUUUCACCGAGCUGGGACUGCCCUCUGAGGUUAAGAAGUUUAAUGACUGGUUAGGAAACCUACCAUAUGAAUAUAAAAUAGUGAUUGCUGGGAAUCAUGAACUGACAUUUGAUAAGGAAUUCAUGGCAGACCUUGUUAAACAAGAUUACUACCGCUUUCCCUCUGUGUCCAAAUUGAAACCAGAGGACUUUGACAAUGUUCAGUCACUCCUGACAAAUAGUAUUUACUUACAAGAUUCAGAGGUAACAGUUAAAGGAUUCCGAAUAUAUGGUGCCCCGUGGACACCCUGGUUUAAUGGAUGGGGCUUUAAUCUGCCCAGAGGUCAGUCUUUGCUAGACAAGUGGAACCUUAUUCCUGAGGGAAUUGAUAUACUAAUGACACAUGGACCUCCCCUUGGUUUCCGAGACUGGGUUCCCAAGGAGCUGCAGAGAGUGGGCUGUGUGGAGCUGCUGAACACGGUGCAGAGGAGGGUCAGGCCCAAACUCCACGUCUUUGGUGGGAUUCAUGAAGGUUAUGGGAUCAUGACAGAUGGCUACACCACCUACAUCAACGCCUCCACCUGCACAGUCAGCUUCCAGCCCACCAACCCUCCCAUCAUCUUCGACCUUCCCACCCCUCAAGGAUCCUGAAGCACUACUGGGGAAGGUCUAGAA